AUGAAUGGUACUGCUCGAAUAUUGCUCAAGUUCUCAGAUCAGCUAAGCUCUGUUCAAAUCGGAUUGAUUAUCGAGGCAGUACAAACGGGCGACUUGUUAGGAGAGACGGUUUAUCAGCUUAUUGCCAAACUACGGCCUGAUAUGGGACUGCUUGACGAUCUAUCACUUUCUAAAUGGCGUAAUGAGACUGCUAGAUGCCAAACAAUCAUGAAGCUUAUCCUUCAACCUCCGACACGACCUGAUGUAAGCGAUUUGAUAGCGGCUGUAUUGCUGUCACCAUGUGUAAAAUUAGGCUCGUUUGUAGAUGUUAUCGACUUGCUCGGCGACAAGGUGAAUAGUCUUAGAGAGUCAGAUUCGAUGGUUUCAAAACAACUUCUGUAAGG